CCUUUCUUGUAGUAUAAAAGAAAAAAACCAAGCUCUGCUUGUAGAUUAAUGGCAGGACAAUACAGCUACUACUAAAAGCUCCAAAUUGUAGGAGUGGCACAAAUGUCCUAAAGAACAAACAAUGGUGCCUCAAUUUCUUCGUUUCAUUCCCUCUUUCUCUCGUAGCCUUUCUUUUUCCCCUUUGUGCAAACCCCAGAAUGGAAAUGCUUGGAGAAGGAUGUUGAGUGCUUAUGCAUCUUCAGCAGAAGGUGAAUUUGAUGAAAUCCAAGAUGACACCAGAGCAUCAGAGAAAGCAACUGCACUGCAUUCAGCCCUCUCACAGCUUGAAGGCGAUUUUUGCAAAGAAUCAAUGUUGUCGUUGCAGCGAUUCUUUGGUGCUAGACGUGCUCCUGUAAUACCUACUGGCUCAUUGAGGCUUGAUCUAGCACUUGGGGUUGGAGGACUACCCAAGGGAAGAAUUGUUGAAAUUUAUGGACAAGAAGCAUCUGGGAAGACAACACUUGCCCUUCAUGUAAUUAGAGAGGCUCAAAAGCUUGGAGGUUAUUGUGCAUAUCUGGAUGUCGAAAACGGAAUGAACCCCUCCAUUGCCGAAGCAAUAGGGGUUAAUGUAGAAAAUCUCCUUGUUUCACAGCCAGAUUCUGCUGAGAAUUUGCUGAGUAUUGUCAAUACCCUGACAAAAAGUGGAUCCAUGGAUGUAAUCGUGGUCGAUAGUGUGGCAGCUCUUGUUCCCCAACUUGAGCUUGAUGCUACUUUAUGUGACUCUCAUAAAGGCUUGCAAUCAAAGAUUAUGACACAAGCACUACGUAAAAUUCAUUAUUCGUUAUGCAACUCUAGCACAAUAAUUAUAUUCAUUAAUCAGGUAAGAAGAUCUGACAAAGGAUUAGUUCGAGGCUCUGGGCGUAUGGACGAAGUAACUUGUGGUGGAAAUGCUUUGCCUUUUUAUGCUGCCAUACGGCUUAAAACGAUUAGAAAACAAUUGCUUACAACUAGGGAAAAGAUUACUGGUCUUGGGAUCUGUGUAAAAGUGGUUAAAAAUAAGCUAGCUCCUGCAGCAACAGAAGCUGAACUGAGGAUACAGUACGGAAGAGGCUUUUGCAUCGAGUCUGAGGUUUUGGAAUUGGCUUGUGAACGUGAAGUCAUUCUGAAAGGAGGAGGAAGCUACUUCAUAGAUGGACAGGUUUUAAAUAGUAGACAGGAUGCUGAAGAUUAUCUAGCUUCCAAUGGUGACAUUUUAGACAAGAUAGUCGAAACUUUAAGAAAUCAGCUAUUUGUGAAAAAUAAUGGAGGUAAAAAAGCUGAUUAGAUAAUCAUUUUCUGGUUCAAAUCAACUCCAAGAUGCUUAUAUACUUCCUCUGGUACUAUCGGAAAAGCAUUCUUAUACUUAAGACAGACUCCUCUUGAUGGUGGACAUACAAAUCUUCCGGCUUUGGCGAUUGCAAGGAAUGGUUCGAGCAAAUGGUCAAGUAAAUUUUAUCUGGUUUCGAGAUGUUAGAUCAGCAGAGUUGCUCCUGGAAUUGUUUAUCAUUAAUGCAAAACAUACAGGAGGGCUGCUUCUACUCUGUAUAGAUGUCAUCAUCAUGGAUCAGACAUUUCCGACUAUCUCAAACUCUUAUGUGGCAGCUCGAGCAUUACAAUUAGUAUUUCUUGUCAAUUGUCAUUAUCUUGCUGAUGGCCUUCUGUUCCAAAAGUUUACAAAUUUGUAGUAUGCGAUAUCUGUCAAGCUUAGCUGAGUGUUAUUUUGUUACAUUGAUUGUACCAGACUUUUUAAGCCCAUUGAAAUGAGGAGCUUACUUCUUGUUUCUUUCUAA